AUGUACCUCAGAGCCAUCGUGCCGAGCGUCUCACGCUACUGUCUUUAUCUCAAGAACUUCAGACAUCAUCCUCCACUACGCCUACCCAGUAACUACGGAGCAGGCAAAUGUACCAACGCCAGACCUCUUCCACCGCUCGUGACCAUUUUCAUGGUCUCCAAGGCUUUCUUCGACGUCGCAGCAAAGGCCUUCGUAACGAACCACGAUAGUCAGGUUUUGAUCGGAUUAUGCUUGGUCUCGUCCCCAGACAGCAUCGUGUCUAGGUACACCAAAAGCCUGAGAUGUCGUUGGGACCUAUACACGAUCAUGGGUAGCCUUCGCAAUCUUGAGGUCCUGGCCAUCGAGGCCGAGGUACAGCUCUUUGACGACGAAUCACCGAAGGAUGUGUUACACGAGGAGACCAGCAAGCCGGAUCUCCAGUCAAUGCUAAUCUUCAGGGUAUUGAGCGGUCAUCCUAAGCUGCAAAAUCUUGUACUCAAGCCGGCAGCUCCCGACAGAAAUUAUCCGACAAGCUUCUUCUGGCUGAGAAAUGUGAAAGCCCUGGAGAGCGUGAUCAAUAUGGCGCUGCUCAAGAAUAAAAAUCCUGGAGACUACGUCAACCAGGACGUCGGGAAAGCACAUCCUCAAAUCGAGCUCGAAAGCAUAGCGAGUGAUGCCGAUGAAGGAGACAUGGACGGACACUCGCCUACAGGGUCGCCUGGGCCAAGCAGCAAUGUCGAGAGUAUCGAGAAUGGUCGCUAUGACCCACCAGAGCUUAAUAAGAGGGCUCCAGGUUACCACAAGGACUCCAAGGUCGAUGCUUCCGUCCAGUCCGCGGAGGAAGAGACUGGUGACAGGGCCGGUGUUCCCACCCGCGAUUCUAGCCAGACAGUGGCCGAUAGCAAGACGCGUAGAGAAGCUGUGCCUGGAGUAGCACACCUCCCCGUACUUUAUGUGGAUCCUGAAACGCAGACAUGCUCUGACGAUGCAGACCAGUCGCAUAUGCGCAGUGCGACAGAUGACGGUGUACUCGCCGAACAGCAGUCUUUCAUCGGACCCAAAUUGCUGCUCGGCAUAGUGAUGGGGGAAGCGAUCGAGGCCGUAAUUGCUGUUGCUGUAUUACUUGCGGUGUGGCUGGUGGUCAGCAAGGAGGUAUAG